CGGCGGCUGACUGUCGGGGCCGAGCCGCGGCAGUAAGAAACAGCGGGCAGAUUCCGGCACAGUCCUCCGGUACCGAACCCGGUCCCUGUGCGGCACAGAUCUCGCGAGAACAGCGGCGCGCCUGGCCGGCCGUGGAACUGCAGCAGGCGGAGGCGGAGAAGGCGUGCGGGCGGGCAGGCAGGCAGGCAGGCAGGCAGGAGGGACGGCGGCAUCAUGGCGGAUAGAGACAGCGGGAGCGAACAGGGAGCAGCCGCCGCGGGCCCGUGCGCCGGUGCCCUGUACCCGACGCCGGGAGGGUCGGGCGCGUCGCCGGGGCUGCAGCAUGAAACGCAGGAGCUCGCCUCGAAGCGCGUGGACAUCCAAAACAAGCGCUUCUACCUGGACGUGAAGCAGAACGCGAAGGGCCGCUUCCUGAAGAUCGCAGAGGUCGGCGCCGGGGGAAACAAGAGCCGCCUCACGCUCUCCAUGUCGGUGGCCGUGGAGUUCCGCGACUACCUGGGCGACUUCAUCGAGCACUACGCCCAGCUGGGCCCCAGCAACCCGGACGUGGCGCAGGACGAGCCGCGGCGAGCGCUCAAGAGCGAGUUCUUGGUGCGGGAGAAUCGGAAAUACUACAUGGACCUCAAAGAGAACCAGAGGGGGCGCUUCCUGAGGGUCCGGCAGACGGUGAACCGGGGCCCGGGCCCGUGGCUGGGCUCCUCUCAGGGCCAGACCAUCGCCCUGCCGGCGCAGGGCCUCAUCGAGUUCCGCGACGCGCUCGCCAAGCUCAUCGACGACUACGGCGUGGACGAGGAGCCGGCCGAGCUGCCCGAGGGCACGUCGCUCGCCGUGGACAACAAGCGCUUCUUCUUCGACGUGGGCGCCAACAAGUACGGCGUGUUCAUGCGCGUGAGCGAGGUGAAGCCCGCGUACCGCAACUCCAUCACGGUGCCGCACAAAGUGUGGGCCAAGUUCGGCAGCACCUUCUGCAGGUACGCCGAGGAGAUGCGCCGGAUCCAGGAGCGCGAGCGGGAGCGCGAGCACCGCGAGCGGCGGGAAGAGCUGCGUCCGGACGACGGGGAGGAUGACUGACGACGACGACGCCGGACGGAGUGGGAGAGAGACCGCUUCACUCACUGAAAUGAAAAUGGAGAGACGUAAAGCGGGAAAAUGAGAGGAAAAGAAACACAGAAACGCGUGAACAUGAUGGAGCAGUUGGAAGGAAGUGUGGAUGAAACGGAAAGGUUGGUGGCUCAACAGACAAGCUAGCUGCUCCCCCGUCUCUGGAAGUCCUUUACCCUCCAUUACAAACAGUAAGCAGCUGCUAAAUCCACUUACAACACAAUAUAUGUAUAUAAUAAGAACUGCUUUUCUUACUUGACGAAACCCUAGUGUUUAUUUCCCUAAUUAAGGACUUUUUGUUUUUUUUUUUUUUUUUACACGACACGUAAAGCUGUUCAAUCAUGUUCUCAAAAUGAUAAAUAUUUGCUGGGUUAAAAAAGAUGACAUGAGAAUAUAAGUUAUUUUCAUGUUAAGUAAUAUUUGACUUUAGCACAAAAAGAAACAUAUUUUAGAAGAGUUGUUUUUACCAAAACAUUACAUUUUUAAGAGGGUGUCAUAGAAUAGGCUACUUACCACCCUAUUCACCUGAGCAUAUAAACAAGUGUAUAAAACCAGAGUAUAUAAAGAAAAGUAUAUAAGCAAAAUUUGAGUGAAACUGAAAUGUACAGCUAGUAACUGUAAGGUACAAAUCUCGUGGUGGUUAAAACGGAUUGUACGAAAAUUACAUUAUUAAGGGCUGUUCUUCAAAAUGUCCUUUUUUUUUUUUGUUUUUGUUUUUUUUUUUAAUUUCUGGGAUGUAUUUUUGUUUCUUGCGAGCAGUGGAUCGGUACCACGGGCAGGGGAGGAGGCCUGGCCCUGUCCCUAGUUCUCUGUGGAGAAGUUCGGCAGAGAUCUGUAGAGGUCAAGGUCACGCUGCGAGGGGGUCACUGCAUGCAUCGGGUUCAAACCCGGACCAUUUGGCUGGCUGCAGUUUUUUUCUGUCAGCAUGCGUUUAAAUGCAUUUUACAAAAAGGAUUUCUAUCAUCUUUGAGCUUUGGCUUCAUUUCGACAGAAAAUGUAGGCAUGCAGGAGUGCGCCGACGUGUGCGGAAAGAAUGUGUGUAGAAGCGUAACGGUAUUUUGAGAGGGAGAUGCACGAUCAGCAUUGCCCGAGGUUGAGAUCUGUGAUCUACACGUUCUUGCUUUGAAUUUAUAAACCUCGUACCUUUAUUAUUGGAUCAUCAACCCUGUAAGAAUGUGCUCCUCAUGGUUUUGGGCAAAUUGUGUGAUGAAAAGUGCUUACUCAUGAAAACAAAUGCAAAAUAUGAUUUUGUGAAUCAGAAGUAUUUCAACAUUACAAGAUACUCACGUUUUCUGUGGGUUAUAGUUAAAUAACAAAGUGUGGACAGCAGAUGACGGACAAGGAAUGAUCAAGGUUCACCAACGGGAUACCCCUGCAAGGUCAAGCUCGAGGAACAUUCUUCAAUGUUUGAACAACCUGGUGCCUUAUAGAAUCUUCAUGUUUACAUGCUGGUUUGAUGUAUUUGGAGUGCAGGUGUGUGUGUGUGUGUGUGUGUGUGUAUAUGUAUGUAUGUAUGUAUGUAUGUAUAUGUGUGUGUGUGUGUGUGUAGCACCUAAUUGACAACUGCACAUCAUGUAGUUGUUUUGAUUUAAUGUUCAAAAUCCCAAAGAGAUGUUUUAAUUGUAACAGAAUUUUCCCUCACUCUCCAUGACAGCCUGUCCAAAUUGGGUUCCUAAUUCAUAAAUUCAUAAUUUCAGAACAGGCUUCAUAUAAACAUGUCACCUCAAAAGGCAUGAAACGCUUCACAUUAUAUACAGAGCAUGAAGUUCAGGGAAGGAUGAACUCUGGGUCUGGAGGUGUAUGAGAACCUAUUUGGGCCCUUUUGUGGCUGCUUUUUGACCGUUACGGCUAUGUGUUUUAUUAGCUGGUCUAAAUGUCAUGGGAUUAGUUAGCAUGUCUAAUGUAUCACUGUUUUCUUAUUGUCUCACAUUGUCAUUUUGGAUAUUCCGCCCAUCUUCUCAUCCCAUAACGAGUUUUAAUGCUGCAUUUCCUUAUUGUGUGCAAUAUUGUAUGUGCCAAUGAUGGCAAUAUGUAUAUUAACUAACUAAAAGCCUGAAGAUUUUUGAGGAUUUAAAGUGUGUUUCUCUGCUGAAGAAAAAUGUCCAUGUUGAGAGGGGGUGCUCUGUAUGUCAGGAGACCGAAUCAGCUCAACUCAAUGUCUGUAAGCAGGGCGGAAGCUAGACAGGCUUAUCCUUACCCUUCUCAGGCAUGCCAGAUUGAUGGUUUGAUUAAAAAUAAAAAAGUCACGAAUGGCGUAUAAGGUUAAAGAGAUGUGCUAUUUGCUCUCUUGGUAUGCAUUGAGUAAAGAAAAGGUUUACAAAAAAGUGUACCAGUGUUUAGUGAGCUCUUUUAAAGUUACUGUGUUCUAUACCCCGUGAUGGAUGUGCUUGUUUUCUUUGAUGUCAAUGUUAGUGGCACAGUACUAUGGGAAAAAUGCAUUUUUUUAGGAAGAAACUUCUGGUACAGUACUUCCCCCUCUGCAAUUUCUUGCUUCCUUCAUAAGACAAAGUUUAUUGAAUAACCAACUCAUUUAAGUAAUCAGUGUAAUUUAUAUAA